AGUAUAUAUAUUCAAGCAAUUAAUUUGAGCGUUUGGAAGCCUGGACGGGACUUGGCAGUAGACGAGAUAAUCGUACGAUUUGAAGGUCGAUUAAAGGAAACGACUACUGUUCCAAAUAAGCCUAUACCUACUGGAUAUAAGGUUUGGGGGGCAGCCCAGAGGGGGUUCUUACUCGUAUAG